UAAAGUAUAAUAUAAAUAAAUAAAUAAAUAAAAUUUUUUUUAAAGGGUGAACUGUAUGGUAAAUGAAUUAUACCUCAAUGAGGUAUACAUUUUAAAGAAUUUUAGUCCUAAUCAAGGUGCAAUUUUCUCCUAUAUUUUGUCUGCAAUUCUUCCAUAGCACAUUGUGCGUCUCACAUAAUAUUUACAAUAUCAGAUUACAAUUGUUUAUGUACUCCAUCUUACUCACUGAACUGUAAGAUUUUUGAACCUGGUUGUACACAUUAUUCAAGAUACUGACACAUAAAAUGUCCCCACAAAUAAUAUCUGAAAGAAUCAAUAAGCCAGUAAAAGUAAACUUCCAUAUGAGCUUAGCACUGGCUUACUCCUCUGGUUCUUAUCACUACCCACUCUCCCCACAUUUGAAGUAAUUUACUUCCAGUGUGAGUUUGUGGUAUGAUUUGGCAUGAAGCAGAACAUCAGUCAACAAAAUGGAAGGUUUGCACCAUAUUACUCAUUUUAAUUCAACUCAGAUUGUGUUUAUUAACCCUUAAUCAAAAAUUGGUACUUAACAAGAAAGACAUUUGCUUUCUGUUCUUUUCACAAAGAAAAGAAAAAGCACUUUGCCUUUGAGUCCCACAGAUUACACGUUCUGGAAAGACUGCAUACCAAGUAGCAGAUUUAUUUUAGUUUGUUUGCAAAAAAAUGUGGAGACCAAAGUUCAAUGCUGCUAUUGGGGAGCUACUAAAGACAUCAAUAAGUAGAUAUCUAAUGUUUAAACACAUUUCAUUGAAAAUGGUUGGAAGUAUCUGAGCCAAUUAUUUCUUAUGUGACCCUAAAGAAAACAGAUAGCUACCUGACCCCAAAACUACUUGAGGAAAUUGCUUCCGUGACCUUGCUGCAGAGGGGAGAGAGGGCCCAUUAAGAAGAGAGUGGGGUCAGGAUCAACACACACACUUAGUGUGAUUUAAGGAAAGGAAAUAUUUUCUCUUUGAACUUAUCUGGAUACAGUCAUUUUGUCUCCUCUUGGGGAUCACUUGUCCAGCCUCAAUGGCCUUUCAGGACCUCCUAGAUCAAGUUGGAGGCCUGGGGAGAUUCCAGAUCCUUCAGAUGGUUUUCCUUAUAAUGUUCAAUGUCAUAGUAUACCAUCAAACUCGGCUGGAGAACUUCGCAGCAUUCAUACCUGAUCAUCGCUGCUGGGUUCAUAUACUGGACAAUGACACUAUCCCUGACAAUGACCCUCGGACCCUCAGCCAGGAUGCCCUCCUGAGAAUCUCCAUCCCAUUCGACUCAAAUCUGAGGCCAGAGAAGUGUCAUUGCUUUGUCCAUCCCCAGUGGGAGCUCAUUCAUCUGAAUGGGACCUUCCCCAACACGAGUGAGCCAGAUACAGAGCCCUGUGUGGAUGGCUGGGUCUAUGACCAAAGCUCCUUCCCUUCCACCAUUGUGACUAAGUGGGAUCUGGUAUGCGAAUCUCAACCACUGAAUUCAGUAGCUAAAUUUCUAUUCAUGGCUGGAAUGAUGGUGGGAGGCAACCUAUAUGGCCAUUUGUCAGACAGGAAACCAUUAUCAUCGCCCGACCAUGUCUCCACUGAUUGUGACGAGGGACUUGAGGUGCCCAUUGCCAUCCACCAGCAUCACAUCUUCUGGUUUGGGAGAAAGUUCGUGCUCAGAUGGUCUUACCUUCAGCUCGCCAUUGUAGGCACCUGUGCGGCCUUUGCUCCCACCAUCCUCGUAUACUGCUCCCUGCGCUUCUUGGCUGGGGCUGCUACAUUUAGCAUCAUUGUAAAUACUGUUUUGUUAAUUGUAGAGUGGAUAACUCACCAAUUCUGUGCCAUGGCAUUGACAUUGACACUUUGUGCUGCUAGUAUUGGACAUAUAACCCUGGGAGGCCUGGCUUUUGUCAUUCGAGACCAGUGCAUCCUCCAGUUGGUGAUGUCUGCAUCAUGCUUUGUCUUCUUUCUGUUCUCAAGGUGGCUGGCAGAGUCUGCUCGGUGGCUCAUUAUCAACAACAAACCAGAAGAGGGCUUAAAGGAACUUAGAAAAGCUGCACACAGGAAUGGAAUGAAGGAUGCUGAAGACAUCCUAACCAUGGAGGUUUUGAAAUCCACCAUGAAGCAAGAACUGGAGGCAGCACAGAAAAAGCAUUCUCUCUGUGAAUUGCUCCGCAUACCCAAUAUAUGUAAAAGAAUCUGUUUCCUGUCCUUUGUGAGAUUUGCAAGUACCAUCCCCUUUUGGGGCCUUACUUUGCACCUCCAGCAUCUGGGAAACAAUGUUUUCCUGUUGCAGACUCUCUUUGGUGCAGUCACCCUCCUGGCCAAUUGUGUUGCACCUUGGGCACUGAAUCACAUGAGCCGUCGACUAAGCCAGAUGCUUCUCAUGUUCCUACUGGCAACCUGCCUUCUGGCCAUCAUAUUUGUGCCUCAAGAAAUGCAGACCCUGCGUGUGGUUUUGGCAACGCUGGGUGUGGGAGCUGCUUCUCUUGCCAUUACCUGUUCUGCUGCCCAAGAAAAUGAACUAAUUCCUUCCAUAAUCAGGGGAAGAGCUACUGGAAUCACUGGAACCUUUGCUAAUAUUGGGGGAGCCCUGGCUUCCCUCGUGAUGAUCCUAAGCAUAUAUUAUCCACCCCUGCCCUGGAUCAUCUAUGGAGUCUUUGCCAUCCUCUCUGGCCUUGUUGUCCUCCUCCUUCCUGAAACCAGGAACCAGCCUCUUCUUGACAGCAUCCAGGAUGUGGAAAAUGAAAGAUGCUCCAGAAAAGCAGGGCAGGAAGAUACCUGCAACGAAGUGACACAAUUUUAAGGAAUUCCAGGUGCUGAUUGCUGAUUAAACAGCAAGAUAAAGGAAAAAUUGAGACCAUUUCUAGAUACUACUAAAAUUUAGAAAAUAAAUAAAUAACAAGAUAUAAUGGAUAAAUACAUUCCAUUUACAACUGUGAUUCUAAAUGAUUAAAUAUAAAAUAUCUACAAAUAAUCAUAAGAAGUUUGAAGAAAAUCAUAACACUUUAAAAGGAAUCAUAAUAGAACAUUUGUAUAAUUAUAUACACCUCACAUGUUUCUGGAUAUGAAGAUGGAAUAAUAUUUAAAACAAUGAUUCUUCCUUAAUUAUUUAAUAGAGUAAUUGCUUAAAUAAUUACAAUGUAAAAAAUGAAAAAAGUGGAAAAACCCCAUUUUCAAGCUGCAUACUUUUAUAAGAACAUAAAAAAUAGUUCCAAAACUGGAUAUCCAUAUGCAGAAGAAUAAAACUAGAACUCUCUCACCAUAUACAAAAAUCAAAUCAAAAUGCAUUAAAAACUUGAAUCUAAGACCUCAAACUAUGAAACUGCUACAAGAAAACAUUGGAGAAAUUUUCCAGUACAUUAGACUGGCCAAAGAUUUCUUGAGUAAUACCCCACAAGUACAGGAAAACAAAGCAAAUGUGGACAAAUGGGAUCACAGCAAGUUAAAAAGCUUCUGCACAGCAAAGGAUACAUUCAACAAAGUAAAGAGGCAACCCACAGAAUGGGAGAAAAUACUUGCAAACUACCCCUCUGACAAAGGACUAAUCACCAGAAUAUAUAAGGAGCUCAAACAACUCUAUAGGAAAAAUCAAAUAAUCUCAUCAAACAAUGGGCAACGUGAAUAGGUAUUUCUCAAAAGAAGACAUACAGAUGUCAAACAGACAUAGGAAAAAGUGCUGAACAUCAUUGAUCCUCAGAGAAAUGCAAAUCAAAACUACAAUGAGAUCUCAUCUUACCCCAGUUAAGAUGGCUGAUAUCCAAAAGACAGGCAAGAACAAAUGCUGGUGAGAAUGUGGAGAAAAGGGAACCCUCAUACACUGUUGGUGGGAAUGUAAAUUAGUACAACCACUAUGGAGAACAGUUUGGAGAUUCCUCAAAAAAAUUAAAAAUAGAGCUAACAUUUGACCCAGCAAUUCCACUGCAUCAUUGUAUUAGUCCAUUUUCAAGCUGCUGUUAAAAACAUACCUGAGACUGGAUAAUUUACAAAGGAAAGAGGUUUAAUGGACUCACAGUUCCACAUAGCUGGUGAAGCCUCACAAUUCUGGUGGAGGGCGAAAGGCACGUCUUACAUGGCAGCAGGCAAAAAGAUAAUUUUUGCAGGGAAACUCCCUUUUAUAAAACCAUCAGAUCAUGUGAGAUUUAUUCACUAUCAUAGGAAGAGCAUGGGAAACACUCACCCCCAUGAUUCAGUUACCUCCCACUGGAUCCCUCCCAUGAUGUGUGGGAAUUGUGGGAGCUACAAUUCAAGAUGAGAUUGGGUAGGCGGACACAGUCAAACCAUAUCAUUCUGCCCCUGGCCCCUCCCAAAUCUCAUGUCCUCACAUUUCAAAACUAAUCAUGCCUUCCCAACAGUCCCCCAAAGUUUUAACUCAUUUCAGCAUUAACUCAAAAGUCUAUAGUCUAAAGUCUCAUCUGAGACAAGGCAAGUCCUUUCCACCUAUGACCUUGCAAAAUCAAAAGAAAUUGGUUACUUCCUAGAUACAAUGGGGGUACAGGCAUUGGAUAAAUACAUCCAUUCCAAAUGGGAGAAAUUGACCAAAACAAAAGGAUGAGGCUGUACCUAGAUAAAAGGCACUGACUACAUGGGAAUCGCCUUCCACCAUGAUUGUGAGGCCUCACCAGCUGCAUGGAGCUGUGAGUCCAUUAAACCUUUUUUCUUUAUAAAUUAUCCAGUCUCAGGUAUGUCUUUAUCAGCAGCUUGAAAAUGGACUAAUACAAUGGUGCAGUGGAACUGUUGGGUCAAAUGUUAGCUUUACUUUUAAUUUUUUUGAGGAACCUCCAAACUGUUCUCCAUAGCAGUUUUACUAAAGGCCCCAUACAAUUCCGAAAUCCAGCAGGGAAGUCCAAUCUUAAAGCUCCAAAGUUAUCUCCUUUGACUGCAUGUCUCACAUUUGGGUCACAAUGAUGCAAAAGGUGGGUUUCCAUGCUCUUGGGCAGCUCUGCUUCUGUGGCUUUGGAGGGUACAGCCUCCCUCCUGGCUGCUUUUGUGACCUGGCAUUGAGUGUCUGCAGCUUUUCCAGGUGUGCAGUGCAAGCUGUCAAUGCCUUUACCAUUCUGGGGUCUGGAGGUCGAAGACCCUCUUCUCACAGCUCCACUAAGCAGUCUCCAAUGGAGACUCUGUGUAUGGACUUCAACCCCACAUCUUCCUUUCACACCGCCCAAGCAGAGGUUCUCCAUAAGGACCCCACCCCUGCAGCAAACUUCUACCUGGGCAUCCAGGCAUUUCCAUACAUCCUCUGAAAUCUAGGUGGAGGUUCCCAAACCUCAAUUCUUGACUUCUUUGCACCUGUAGGCUCAACACCACAUGGAAGCUGUCAAGGCUUGGGGCUUGCACCCUCUGAAGCCACAGCCUGAUCUGUACCUUGGCCCCUUUUAGCCAUGGCUAGAGUGGCUGAGACACAGGGCACCAAGUCACUAAGGCUGCACACAGCAGGGGCACCUGGACCUCCUAGACCUCCAGGCCUGUGAUAGGAAGGGCUGUCACAAAGGUCUCUGACAUGCCCUGGAGACAUUUUCCCCAUUGUCUUAGGGAUUAACCUUUGGUUCCUCAUUACUUAUGCAAAUUUCUGCAGCAGGCUUGAAUUUCUCCUCAGAAAAUGGGUUUUUAUUUUCUAUCACAUCACCAGGCUGCAAAUUUUUCAAACUUUUUUGCUGUGUUUCCCUUUUAAAACUGACUGCUUUUAACAGCACCCAUCACAUCUUGAAUGCUUUGCUGCUUAAAAAUUUCUUCUGACAGAUACCCUAAAUCAUCUUACUCAAGUUCAAAGUUCCACAAAUCUCUAGGACAGGAGUAAACGCUGCCAGUCUCUUUACUAAAAUAUAGCAAGAGUCACCUUUACUCCAGUUACCAACAAGUUCUUCAUCUUCAUCUGAGACCACCUCAGCCUGGAUUUCAUUUUCCAUAUCAUUAUCAGCAUUUCAGUCAAAGCCAUUCAACAAGUCUCUAGGAAGUUCCAAACUUUCCAACAUUUUUCUGUCUUCUUCUGAGCCCUCCAAAUAUUGCCCAGUUCCAAAGUUGCUUCCACAUUUGUGGGUAUCUUUACAGAAGCACUUCACUCUAUCAGUACCAAUUUACUAUAUUAGUCCAUUUUUCAUGCUGCUGAUAAAGACAUACCUGAGACUGGGUAAGUUAUAAAGGAAAGAGGUUUAAUGUACUCACAGUUCCACCUGGCUGGGGAAGCCUCACAAUCACGGCAGAACAUGAAAGGCACAACUUACAUGGCAGCAGGGAAAAGAGAAUUUCUGCAGGGAAACUCCCCCUUAUAAAACCCUCAGAUCUCAUGAAACUUAUUCAGUAUCACAAGAAUAGCACGGGAAAGACCCGGCCCCAUGAUUCAGUUACCUCCCACAGGCUCCCUCCCAUGACAGGUGGGAACUAUGGGAGCUACAAUUCAAGAUGAGAUUUGGGUGGGGGUGCAGCCAAAUCAUAUCAAAGGCAUAUACCCAAAAGAAAGGAAAUAAGUAUAUCAAAGACGUAUCUGCACUCCCACAUUUGUUGCCGAACUGUUCACAAUGGCCAAGGUUUGGAAGCAACCUAAGUGUCCAUCAGCAGAUGAAUUGAUAAAGAAAAUGUGGUACAUAUACACAAUGAAGUACUAUUCAGCCAUAAAAUAAAGAAUGAGAUCCUGUCAUUUGUAGCAACAUGGAUGGAACUGGAGAUCAUUAUGUUAAGUGAAAUAAGCCAGACACAGAAAGACAAACAUCACAUGUUCUUGCUUAUUUGUGUGAGAUAAAAAUAAAAACAAUUGAACUCAUAGACAUAGAGAGCAGAAGGAUGAUUACCAGAGGCUGAGAAGGGUAUUGGGUGCUUCAGGGGAAGUGGGAAUGGUUAAUGGGGGGAAAAAAGGAAGUUAGAAAGAAUGAAUAAGAUCUACUAUUUGAUAGCACAACAGGAUGACUAUAGUCAAUAAUAACUUAAUUCAUUUUUAAAUAACUAAAAAAGUAUAAUUGGAUUGUUUGUAAUCACAAAGAAUAAACGCUUGAGGGGACAGAUACCCCAUGCUGCAUAAUGUGAUUAUUAAUAUCCAGUAUUUGAUAACACAACAGGGUGCUAUAGUCAAAAUAAUUUAAUUGUACAUUUUAAAAUAACUAAAGGAGUAUAACUGGAUUGUUUGUAACACAAAGGAUAAAUGACUGAGAAGAUGGAUACCCCAUUCUCCAUGACAAGAUAAUUAUACAUUGCAUACCUAUAUCAAAACAUCUCAUACACCCCAUAAAUAUAUCCAUCUACUAUGUAGCCACAAAAAUUAAAAAUAAAACAUUUUAAAAUAUA